AGGGAGGGAUCGGACGUCGUGCGCCGCGCAGGGUUUUGCCGAGAUUUUCCUAAAAAAGGGUAUCGCCACCGUACCGAGAAAAGAAAAAGAAUACGAGGCGAAGGAACACACAAACACCUCUCCUCGCCUCGCCUCUCCCUUCCUUCCUCCUCAUCUUCCUCCCGUUCGGUUCCCUAACGAUUGGUACCUGAGGCCGCCCGCCGCCGCCAUGGACGGCCUGCACGGCGCGGACGCCUACUUCUCCCCCGGGAGGGCCAUGUCGCCGCAGGUGCGGCCCCCUGCCGGGCCGCCGGACAUAGGCAGCCAGUACUUGGCGGACUUGUUGCAGGAGCACCAGAAGCUGGGGCCGUUCACGCAGGUGCUACCAAUCUGCAGCAAGCUGUUGAGCCAAGAGAUAAUGCGGGUUUCCUGCCUGCUUCGCCCGCACCAACAUGGUCUUGGGGAGUUCGAAAGGUUGCCACCGAUGGCAAGUCCAAACCAGAUGCAUCAUCCAUCGCCCCCAAUGUCUAAUUUCUGCGGAAAUGGCUUUGGCCCGUGGAAUGGGGUGCAUCCAGAGAGGGUGGGUUUUUCUCAAGGACCUGCCGGUUGGCAAGGAGCACCACAAAGCCCCUCUUCUUACAUUGUUAAGAAGAUCUUGCGGUUGGAAAUACCAACAGAUACUUACCCUAAUUUCAAUUUUAUUGGCCGUCUUCUUGGGCCAAGAGGAAACUCGUUGAAAAGGAUUGAAGCCUCUACAGGCUGUCGAGUUUUCAUCAGAGGGAAGGGCUCAAUUAAAGAUCCUGGGAAGGAGGAGCAACUCAAAGGACGACCUGGUUAUGAACACUUGGAUGAUCCCCUGCAUAUCUUGAUUGAAGCUGAGUUACCUGCUAAUGUCAUUGAUGCACGACUUGCAAAAGCACAAGAGAUCUUAGAAGAAUUGUUGAAACCAGUGGAUGAAUCACAAGACUACUACAAGAGACAGCAACUCCGGGAACUUGCCCUGUUGAACUCUCCACUUCGAGAGGAAAGCCCGCAUCCAAGCCCACAUCCUAGUCCGCAUCCAGGCAGUGCUUCUCCCUUCAGCAACGGUGGAAUGAAACGGACCAAACAAUGACUGCAGAGGCUUGUUCCUCCCCAACUUGACCCCUCCAGAAACUCCUCUCAAUCGACGCCCUCACAACAUAAUUUUUCAUGAGCAAGCUUUCAUGAUGGUGUUGGCUUCGUGUGAAUGCGAUACCUGUUACUACUAGAAUUUUGAUCUCCCGUGUGACAUUAGCUUAUGACUGACUGAGAAUGAUCCAUGAGUAGUGAAUCCUCCUCUUUAUAAUUAGAACAUUUGAUUUAUUUGUUGCUGGUAAUACUGAGAUAUGGUAUGUGUGCAAAUUCUAAGUUUCUAUGGGCUAUAGUACCGGGAUUUCUCUGA